AUGGACCAGAUAGAAAUACGCUUCCAGGCGGCCGCUCCGCCGCAAUGGCAGCAGGCCCAGGAGGAUGAGGUCAGCUUCAUCAAGCAGGAUGCCGUUGUUGCUAAGAUUUGGUCGAGAAAGAAGAUGUCCCGUUUGGCCAAGCGCGAGGGCAAAAGCAUUGGCUUGCGCCGCUUAUCCAAUCGCAUCGAGGAGUUUAUGCCGAAGCCUGCAGAGAAGAAGGACGAUGAAGCCGACUCCAAAGAAGCGACCCGUGCUCCGAGCGACGGUGACCUUGCAGUGCCACAACCGGCAAACGAGGAGGAGCCAGCAGAUGCCAACCAGCAUCUUGAUCCACUGAACACGCUGCAUGCCAGCGAGGUUGCAGCGCCCAAUGUUUCACCGGCACACGAAACCCUUCAGGAGCAGGCUGCAAAGACUGGGAACAGCCCGGGUCCAGACAACUGCGAUGCUGCAACUGCCAAGGAAACCGCGAUUGCGACACCAGUGCUGGGCAGUGCUCCUGAGGAGCCGACAACUCCCGAAGUGCAGCUAAGCAGUGCUGUGGAGGCGGCUGCAAGCUCCAUGGAGCCGUGCGAGGUCGAAGAGGAUGUUAUGACUUUGCCGCAGGAGAGUGGCGAAGUGCCGGAAGCCAAGGCAGCCACCGUUGAGGAGGAUUUGGGCUUGGAUGCACCACUGGGUGGAAGCGAGGAGGAGUAUGAAGACGACAUCCAGGAGGAGCAGCAAGACGACACGGAGGGCAUGGAAGGCAUGAUAGUGCCAGCCAGCGGAUCCGAGCAGCGACAGGUCAACCCGGCUCUUCUCAGCGAUGAGGAGGAGUCCCCACGCUCUCAUCGCUCCACCAAGCGGUACACACCACGGCGGCUGCCAAUGCCCAAGCCGCCCACGGAGGAGGAGGCCUUCUCUGAAGCGGCGUUACGGAAGCGAGCAGAGCAGAGGCUGAAGCACUCCAUGCAGCUGGCAUCCAUGAAACUUGGCGAACCUACCGGCUUCAGAUGCAGAGGGAUGCGAGAUGUCAUCAGCAGGACCAACUAUCCCAAGCCGUUCGGCGGAAGAAUCGAGCUUAGCUUGGACACCCUCUCGGCAGAGGCUCAGCGAAGCUUUCUGAGGGUGGCCCGCUUCGAGGCUGAAGCAUGGCUCCGACAGCAGCAGCAAAGCUGUGAAGCGCAGGCUCGUGUCGCCAAGCGACAGGAAAGGAUUCUGGGCCAGAUUGCGGAGUGGAGGGAGCGCAAAGACAAGGAGGAACAAGAGGAGCGAAGGCGAGUCGAGGAGCUCGAGCGUCAGAACGAGGAGCGCGAGCAGAAGGAGAGAGAGCGAUGGCGAAAGCGCGGUGAAGAACUCCGUCAGUGCCUCGCGGACUGGGCAGCCGAAAAGAGCCAGCAGGAGCUGGAGAGGUCCCAGGCUGCCGAGAAAGCUCAGAAAGAGGAGGAAGAGAAAAGGCGGCAAAAGGAGCAGAGAUAUCGGGAGAAGCAGCGGGAGCUGCUCCUGGAAUGGAACCGCCAAAAGAUGGACAAGCUGGAAGAGCAGAGGCUCGCGGAGCAAAUGGAAGAAGAGAAGGAGGCUGCAGAAGCGGCAAAGAAACAGAGCAGCGACCCCAGCGGCAUUCGUAACAUUGGCGCAGAGGACCCUGGCUGCUUGGCCUGCGUUGCCCGCAUACUUUGCUACACGAGGCUCAAGAGGGCCCAGAUUGCUCGGCUUUGCCCGAUGCAGGGCCAGGCACUGCCUGCUGGCAUCACUAUGCCUGGUGCAACGAACUGUGCAAAGCGUGACCGGUGCUUCCCCAUGUGGGUGAUCCACGCAGAUGACGUCUUGGAGCUAAGCGAACUGCAACCUCACCAGCAGCUGCUUGCAGCUGGAAAGUUGCAAGAGUACGAGCAUGGCUUCGUGACUUUCGUGUCGCACGAGUGGUCGGGCGUGGACCACCCGGAUCCGGAAAAUCAUCAGCUCCGAUCCCUGCAGCGGAUGCUACACGCCAUCCGAAAGAACAAGAUGACCCUGGCAAGCGACACGAUCUCCUUGGUCCGGUUGGGACUUACCCGCAGCGUAUCAACUAAAGACCUCAAGAAGAUCUCUCGAGGCUGGCUUUGGAUCGACUUCGCCUGCGUUCCACAAGCAUGUUGCUGCAAAAAUGCAGACGAGCUGGCAGAACAGCAGAGACAGCUGAAGGAUGCCGUCAUGAGUCUGCACACGUACGUCGCCCAAAGCUCCUUCUUCGCUGUGCUGGCGCCAGCACAGAACCACGAGAAUGGGAGGCUGAUGAACUACAUGUCCUGGAAGCGAAGAGGUUGGUGCCAAUUCGAGCUCGCGGUCAACGUUCUGCUUGGAACAAAUCCUGUGCUGCACAUUGCCAGCGAGAAUAUUGCAAGGCACAUGCAUGUAAAAGUUCUCAGUCAUCUGUCCCCGUGUUGCGGGGAUUUCACUCGAGAAGAAGAUCGACAGUUUGUUGGUGAGGCUUUAAGUCAUGUCAUCGACUGUCUCGCAAGCGACCUCCGUGCCACUCACAAUCUACACAAACUCCAACUGUUGGAUUGUAUGCGGACGAAACUGCUCCAAUGUCCACAUGGAAGCCCUGAAGACAACUCCUCCAAGGUGAAUGCGGCACUAAGUUCGAGGACCACAUUUUUCCACAGUAUGCCCCAGAGGCUAAACAGUGGCUGGACACAUUUACAUUAUGCCGUGGCCCGGAACGACCUUUACAUGAUUAAGAACUUACUCAAGGCAAGGGCGAACGUGAACACCAAGACGCUAGGGGCUGACAAGGAUUUCUUUUUGCGUCCAGCGCUAUCGCCCCUGCACAUAUGGUCCUGUUUCGCCAUUAGCCCUGCCAUUGCUGAAAUUCUAGUGGAACAUCGUGCGAACGUCGACAGCACGGCUGACUUCGGCUGGACGCCACUCAUGCUGAGCUGUCAUCAAGGAGGCGAACUUGCUUGCCGGACACUACUGGAUCUGAAAGCAAACCCGAAUUCGAAGCAUGGCUCUGUGAUUCCCCCGCUCUUCCUUGCAGCUUCGGAAGAUCAGCUGUCGGUGGUCGAGCUCCUCCUGGAAGCCCGAGCCGACGUGAAUGUUCGGUGGGCCGGCAUGAGUGCGUUGCACGUGAUGGCUGCAAUGAGCACCGCCGUGACUUUGCCGCGUUUGCUGCAAGCUGGGUUGGAUCUCAACGAGCCCUGCAAUGUCAAGUUUCGAACCCGCUCUGGCUUUCUCAUGGCCUUCAGCGCUCUUUGGGACCGUGACGUGCGCCGCGACAUGCCCAAAGUACGUGGGGGCACACCACUUGUCUUCGCAGCGGCGCGGGGGAACUCAGCGGCGCUCACGGUGUUGCUGGAAGCUGGCGCGGACAUCACGAUUCCAAACCGGCAGGGCAAGCUGGUGCAAGAAGUGCCGCUUUGCGUCGAUGGCGUUUGUAAUGACGGUUUGGAGGAUCGGGAGGUGCGAUGCUGGUACGAUAUGCCGCCGCAGAACAAGUCAAAAAGCGGACAUAAGGCGACAGAGAAUGGUGGAAGUUGA